AAGUGAAAGAAAGUAGAUCUGAGAAAAUAUGUAAAAAAAUACCAACUAUUUAAAUUCGCAGCUAUUUGCAUCCCUAUGUUCUUAAUAGUUUUUAGUGGUACUACAACAUACAAUAAAAUAAUUAAAUCAUUAGUUAUUCAAUUCUUUCAAACUUACCAAAAUGAAAUAAAAAACACUUUCCCAGAAAAACAUAACUGGUUGAAAUUCAAUGUUCUAUGUUUUGCAAAAAUUUAAUUACGCGUUAAAGGUCAAAAUCCAGUGUUGAACUUAAAAAUAAAGAAACCGGUUACAUUCUGCGUAUCAGUGUAAUACAUCACAAUCAACCCUAUCGUUACCAAACUGAUGACGAUGCUGCUGCUGAACAACGCGUAGUUGACUAAUGUCCAGUAGUGACGCUGGUGUUAUUGUAGUUUCUGCUGCUGCUUUGGUAUGCCAAAGCGCCGCUCUUCGGAAGCUAUAUAAAGAAGACUAAAAACGCUAUGAGUCCAAGUCUCUUUGAAUUUAAUGAGGCGAUUGUGUCUGAUGCUAACACAUGGCAUCAAUUAAAUAGUGAAGUUAGUUCUUGUCGUUCACACCAAAUCUUUACAAUAAACGGUAACAGCAUCACAAUUACAUAUUUGAUUACCAGAAACAAAAAAUACGCGCUGCAAAUAUGUUUUGCUUUUUAACCAACAAGUGAAAAAUAUUAAAAAAUAUAUGAAUUUAAAGAAAAAAAUAUGUAUAUAUGUUUACAUAACUACGUGUGCUUAUAGGUAUAUAUUUACGAACACACAAAAUUACAACACAGGAAAUUUUAAAAACAUAAAUGUGAUCAAGAACAAAACUUAAGAAAUAUAGAGAAUAAAGUUCACAGAGAUAUAAGAGUGGAAAUAACUAUACUAAUGCAGGGUAACGAAAGGUUUACGAAAAUUACGGCGAAUUUCUAUGAAAGGGAAUAAAGCUAAGUGAGGACGAGCGAUAUUUAAUUACAAAAAUUACUUAAUUAGUAAGAAAACUGCCGAGGACGAGGUGUGCUUCUGAAUUCCCAAAGAGAGUGGAACACAGUGUGGAGUGAAAAUUUCGCAUUUGUAACGGCUUAAAUAUUUGAAAAAGUUUUUUAAAGACUGUAAAAAAUGGAAAGAAAACGUUUGAAUCAUUUGGGUUUCGAUAUGCAUGUAUGUGCAGUUGUAGCGUUUCUGAUGAUACCUUUAGUGGCGGAAACUGCUCCUUUACAAGAGUAUAACGAAGUGCAGCAAUAUACUGAAGGUUGCUACUACAAUUAUAAUCAUUACAAUGAAGGUGAUAGAAUCAUGACGAAUGAACCUUGUUUGAAUUGUACAUGUCACAACAAAAUGCUUAUGUGUUAUUUGCGUGUUUGCCCGUUCACAAAACCAAUCGGACAUGAUUGCAUUGUUGAAAAACGUGAAGAUCAGUGCUGUCCAAUUAUUACUUGUCCCGAAGUUCCUGUUGAUGUCGCCCAUCAUCUAACAGAGACUGAUACACAACUACAUGUGCCAGAAAAAUAUGGUUGCAAUCUCAACGGAAAAUUUUAUCCUGAAGGCGCGCAAGUACCCUCAAAUCCCACUACGCCGUGUGAGCUCUGCUAUUGCAUUAAAAACCGCACAUCUUGUCUGAUGCAGGAGUGUACUCUGUACAUCGAGGGUUGCAUGCCUAUUUAUAACCGAGGGUCCUGUUGUCCCAUACGUUACAACUGCGAUCACGAAAAUGAUGUUCUUGAUUUGGAGGAUAAUUAUAGCACUACUAUUGUUACUACUGAACAAACCACUGAACGUCCAACACCUGGCUUUAUACUUACCACUACCGCCAUGUCCGCGACGAGCACUAAAUGUGUGCAAAAUCAUCAAUUUUAUGUUGACGGAUCUCGCGUACCUGGUGAAAAUCCUUGCCAAAAUUGCUAUUGCAUGCGGGGCGAUAUCAUUUGCGCAGUGCAGGAAUGCAAAAGCUCGUUACUUGCUACUAAUGGGAAAAUUUGCAUGGCCGCGCCUGCUAACGGGAGUGAAUGUUGCUCCAACAAUUAUGUGUGCGAAGACGACGUGACUACUUACCAAAAUUUCAACACAUCAACGUUGCCAUAUUCUAACUCGGAUGAGAAAGUCGGAGAUAUCUCCUCGAUUCCUAUCGAACAUCUUCAUAGUUCCAUAUCAGAAGAUGACAUACGGUUGCAAGCCCAUAUUGACAAACAUAAAAGCAACGGCAUACACAGAGACAAAUUCGGAAUAACCGAAUAUGAAAAUCUCGGACCCUUGACUGAAUUUUUAACUACAGAUAACCCCAUGCAAAGAACUACAUAUAGUGAUGAUAAAUAUUUCCCCUCGGAAGCUAUUGACAUGAGUGAUAAUGCAAUCCAGGCGAGCACUAAAACUAACGAAAAAGAAAAGUACCCACACAUACCUACAGAGCAAGCAGCAUUCAAAAAAAAUAUCUUUGUUAAAAAUGGAAAAGAAAAAGCUGAAAGUGAUAUUGAAGAAUUAAUUAAUGAAAGCACUGGUAAAAAAGACUACAUCACUAAUGAAAAAACCGACAUAUUUGCUACUGAAACGACAAAUGCUUACAGAAAAGAUGAAAUUGAUGAUAGCAGUAUGACAACCGAAAUAUCCACUACGAUGCAUUCAGUUAGCAACGGUCAUGAGAAAACGUCGAUUGACUUCGAUAAUAGCGCCAACCAUCUGACAUCGAUGACAGCGAAGCCAUACGAAUUGAGAACAAAUUCAUUAGUCAGUUCUAACCCGGAAAGUGCGGAUUAUAUCAAAUAUGGAGACAUCCAAGACCAUUUUACAAAAUCGCCCGAAUUCGAAGAAAAAUUAGAGAUAAAAAAUUUGCAAAGUGAUAAGACCGAAUUUGAGAGCCCUUAUUAUUUUAAACACGAAACUCAAACCAAAAGUUUAGAUAAUGACAAAAUCUUCGAUGACAUUGCUUUCACUGAUAGUGAAUUCGAGCCAUUCACAGAACCAGUUAAUAAUCGCAAGUCCUUGAAAGAAGAAGAAGAACUUUUUGUACGCACUAACUUUUCCUCGGAACGAAACAACGAUGUCCUUUCAACAAGAGCUAUCGAAACGCAUAGUAUAACACAUGAGCUUACAGAAUUAGACACCACUUCUCCCACAGUUUAUGAAAGACAACAUUUAAAUCACUACGACAAAAGUAUUAUGGACAAGGUGGUGACUGAUGAAGAAUCAGUUGCUUCUCCAGACAAUAUUACUGUUCGGCCAUCAAUUUUAGAUUUCACAACUGAUGCUUCAAGCAAGUCUCAAUAUUUAGUAAGUGAAAACCAAGUUACUGAUAUAUCAGAAGAAUUAUUUACGAAUGAAUCAGAUACAGAAGGUAAUGAAGACGAGCAAACAAACCCCCAUAUUACUAAGUCUACGGUAGGAGACCAACCAGGCUUUAUCGAUAUCAAACAAUAUAACGAGUUCACGGAAUAUACAUCCGAAGUUCCCUUCCUUACAGGUGUUGCUAAAUUUAUAACGGAGAACACGAUAUUUAAGACUGCAAUCCAACAAAUAAACAAUGGUUCUCUUGCAUCAACACUCGACGAACGUAUAUUACCAUUGUCAAACGAUGGAGAAAGUGUUUCCUCUAAAACGAAGAGCGUUGAAGUCGACACAAUAGCUGAAACUACUCCAAGAAGCGGAGACACGCCCCAAUAUUAUUCGCAUGAAGGAAACAUUGGAACCCCAACAAAAACGACCGAUUACGGGUUUCAAAAUGAGGACGAACGUUUUAGUGAAGCGUCGACAAAUGGCGAAAAAUUUUCGUCUGCCAGUCAAACAACAGAAGGUAUUAUAAGUGAAAAACAAGAUAAUUUUGUUGUAACAAAUUUUACGAAUGUAGGAGAACGAUCCACAGCAAAUAAAAAAAUCGUCGGAAUGCUGGUUCCUAAAUCAGAGCCUGAAACUGCUACUCAACUAUCAAAUACAGGUAUUGAGCAGAUCACAAAUCCAUCAAUUGGCGAUAACAAAAGUGACAUAGCAAAAGAACAUGUUCAAACAAUCUUGUACAAACCAAUGGAGUUAAACGAAAAAAUCUCGUCAUACUACAUGCAAUCCCAAGAUUUUACUGAAGAUUUAUCACAAGCAACAACUUUAGAAAACAUCGCAAAGAAUAUGAAUAGAAGUGAAAAGUUAGACGGAGAAUUUGCCUUAACGACGUCAAUGUCUGAUGAAAAAAUAACUGAACGUAUUGAAAGCACACGAAAAAUUACAACUCAUGGACGACCUACGAAAACUAUGGUAAUCGAAGAGCAGCCAAAAAAAAUUAUCCAAAAGCAUCCUGUCGCGGAGGCAGCGCCCUCGAAAUCAGUAACAACAGAAUAUCAAGGCACCGAUGUGCUCACAAAAGAUUGGAAUCCGGAGCAGAAAGACAAACAAACGGAAAACUUCGAGUAUGAAGAAUACGAAUCGACUGAAAAGCAUUUUGAAGAGGAUCAGAGCCGAAAAGUCGAGAAAGAAAGCGAAAAGGUAACAUUUAAGGCAGAAAGUGGAUUUUCCACUAUGCAACCACUUCAAGGUACUUCAAUACUUCAUAGCAGCGCUAAUAAUGGGGUUACUGAAAUUUCUGACUAUGAAUCUGUUGGAUACUCCGAUGAAUCGUUUAAUGCUUUAGAUGACGAAAAGUAUCUUACAACGACAGAAGAGUGGCCAAGUGAUACAUCCAAGAAAAGUGAUUUCGGAAUUUUUGAAGGAACCGUAAAAUUCAUUUCCACCAAACCAUCUCGAGUUUCUCAAGAAAAUCAAAAUAUGCGAAUCCGAUUUACAACAUCGGGUGGAGAAUUUGGUACAACAACAACCGGAGCAAUUGUUAAUAAUCAAAGUGACGAUCGUUUGACAAAUCAUAGUGUAAACUUCGAAAUAAACGAAAGCGACAUAGAUGAUGAAUCCAAAACAAUUCCAACAGAUAAGUCAAUGCUUGCGAAGAAGUCGUCAACUUUGCCCACUUUGCUUACUAAAAUGUUUGACGACAAUGAGAGCUCCAGCAGCGUGAUAGAAAACAAUGAUUAUAAAAUCGAGGAAACUACAAACGAGCCUUUAGAAUCUGCUGAGAAGCAGAUGUUUACUAAUGUCAUUAUGACUCCCUCCGAAAAUGCAACAAAUUUUAUUAACCAAUAUACUACAGCUAGCAUUCUGUUUCAAAAACCUGCUCAAAGUUACGAAAAAAUGGAAAAUGCGACUACUAAUGUGAAAACAAUUACCUCGCAUUUUGCUUUAGGAGAAAUAUCUGAUGUACAUUUGCCACCAGUAAUUCCUGGUGAAGGAAGCUGUCUUAUUGAUCAGAAAACCUACGAAAACAAUGCAGUUGUUCCAAUAUCUGAUAAGUGUGAAAUGUCGUGCAAAUGUGUUAACAGCGUUGUAACAUGUGAUCGUGUACAUUGCAGCAUGCCUAUAAAUGUGGACAGAUGUAUUAUAGAUGAGGACAAAAGUGACAAAUGUUGCCCAAAUUAUAUAUGUGAUACUACAACUUUUCCCCCUAAGAUGGAUUAUAUUACUGACUCAAUAGAGAAUUAUAAUAACUAUGUCAGUUUGACUGAACCCACAAGCAAUAAAGAGCCACUUGUUGCAGACGAAACGGACAAUAAUUUUACCAAUUUCGAAAGAGUAAGCACAGUUGUUGCUGACGAUAAUGUUUUUAUUGUGCAAACCACCAAGGAAUCCUCAACCCAAGAAAGUGGGCUUGCUGAAGAAAUUGAAGGAAUUACCAGAACAACUUUAACAAACUCCGAUGUCGAAAAUAAAUAUCUAUUUUCACGAAUAAGUACUCAUACCCCAAGUGAAGAAUAUGAAAAAAAUUCUUCUAUUUCGCAAAAUGAAAUUGAAUCGGGGCUUCUGGACGUCUUAUUAAAUCGAACCAACGCAACAACGGAAAUAUGGAGCUUUGUUCCAACGUCCGACCAACUUACAACUUUAGCGUCUGUAGAGGAUCCUACUUUUGACUUAUACAAAAAUGUGAAGGAAAUUGUUACUACGGAAAAUAUAACCGUUUUGAAGCCCAGCGGGCUGUCACUUUCAACAUUAGACACUAAUAUUACUAACGCGAAGAAACAAAAUAUUACUGAUUCCAGCGGUUAUUUUAUAAACUCGGACACUCAAGCCGAUACGAAUAUUUUUAAGACGGAAAGUCUGAGCACCAACGAUAAUAGAUUAGAAAACAGCGUUUCUGAUGAUAAUUUAACAAAUUCCAUAAAAGAAAAUCUAGGACUUACCGAAAAAGAUAAUGGUGACGAAGUAACAACCACAUUAAGGACAUUGGAAAAUCCCGAAUUAAUUACUUUGAGAACGAGAUUCAUCGAUAUUUCCCAAAAAGUUGUUGAGGUAAAUAGUCAUCCAGUGACGGAAAUUUUAGAGACAUCUUCUUUAAGCAGUGAGGACGGUAAAGAAGAAAUUUCUACUGUGAUUCCUACAAAUAUCUUCCUUCCAAUUAAUGAAAAAGAGUUGCAAAAAGCAAAACCCGCCGACAAAAGCUUAGUAGACAGCGAAGAGACAUCCUCAGAGCAAGAAGAUUUAUAUACUCAAAAGGAAUUUUUCACGUCUGCUCACAUUCCAUUCACUGAUGAAACUUUUGCCGCAUCAGAUGAAAAUGUAAUUCCACAAAAAAUGCUUUCUAUUCCUUCGACAAACGCGUGGAAUAAUAGCGGCGUUGCUGCAGUAAACACGGAAGAGAAACAUCAGCCUUCUUUGAAUGAAAUCAUAGAAAAUGACGUUGUUGAAGAUGGUGAUUUAGCCACUAGAACGACACAGAGCACGGUCAAAUUCCCCGCAUUGAAAGUCGUCUCUGAGCAAAUUAGUGAACCUUCUUCCACUUUAAGUUCCGUUUCGCAUGAACCAACGACUCACAACAAUUUUAAAAUAGGCGAGAUUACCACAUAUAAAUCAAAUGUGGCAGAAUUUAGUACGCCAGCAGAACUCUACAACAUGUUUGAAAGCGAAAAUAUGGUUACAGCACCGCCAGGGUAUACGAUGAAUGUGUUAAAGGAACAGCCUAACGGAACUUCAUUGUUUCAAAAUGAAUAUAUUCCUAAUUUAGAUCCUACGACUCAACUUAUUACGGAAUAUAUUGGGCAGUUUAAUAAUUUAUCUACUUCUGAAGAAAAUGAAAUGAAAGUCCUUUACAUGAAUAACGAAUUUACUACAGGAGCGACCUUUGAAAAAGAGCAAUAUCCUCUUACAGUAACCGUCGAGCCAAAUAUUAAAGUAAUUGACUUUGAAGAUAAUGAAAAAAACUUCGAUUUAAAUGAAAAGUUAAUUGGGCUUGCUACCGAGGGAAAAAUAAAUGUCAAAGAAAACAGUUCAUCUUUAUUUACGAUCAUUUCUAACUUUAAAAGUGGACCUGAUUACACUACUGAACACGAUACGCAAAUUACUGAAACCACUGAGAUGAACACCAAAUUGACAAAAAUAACAGAAAAUAUUGUGCAUGUUGAAAAUAAAGAGUCCUUCGUGGGAAGCCAAAACCAAAUUUCAGAAAGUCUGUACGACAUAUCUGCCGUAACAACAACGAAAAAUAACAUUUUAACUGAAAAUAUUAACAAAAACAUAAUAUCGAUUGAACCCGACGAGAGAACAGACCAAAGUGUAUAUUCUUCGACUAAAUAUCCGCUUCUUUCGUAUCACAUCGCAACUGAUAAGUUUUCAGAGAUAUCCGACCAAAAUACUAAUGCGGAUGAAGGACAAUCGCCACCCUCUACAGAACAUAUCAGUACAAAAUCUUCGUCAGAAAUUCAUACGACUACGAUGACAACCGUUACGCCUGUAAUCACCACAACACUUUUAACUACGCAACAUCCACAACAGCCUGCUACUUACGGACAACAACCUCAGUAUCCUUCAUACACAGAAGAUGAAUAUACUGACGAAGAUGAAACUGAAAUCUUUGGUCCAGGAACUUGUCGAUACGGUGGAAAACUAUACGUAUCCGCUCAGCAGAUACCUAGAGAUGAUCCGUGCGACUUUUGCUUCUGCUUCCGUAGUGAUAUUAUCUGCUUGCAACAAUCGUGUCCCCCUCCAAUUUCUGGCUGCCAUGAAGAACCCAUUUCUGGCUUCUGCUGUCCACGCUAUGAGUGCCCUGUAUCGAUGGCAACUGUACUUAAUGUUACUACGAGCACAACGACGACAAGCACUACCUUACCUCCACAUUUUUUGCAUCAUUCAUAUGGAAACACUGUCCAGCGCGUUGGCUGUCUCAUUAACGGUCGCUCGUAUCGAGUAGGUGACAAAAUUGAAUCAACAAGCGGUCCUUGUAUUAACUGCACAUGUGGUGGCGAUGGUAAAAUGAAAUGUGAUCCCCAAGCCUGUGUUCCAGAACCCACAAUGCAACAGGUAAUGGCUGUGGUAGCAGCCAGUCAUAAAAGAUGAACCCACAGUCAUGCGAAAUACAUUAAUUAAGCAUAACAAACUGAAUUAAGUAAUUGAACUUUGAUGGAUAGUCGAAACCGAUCUUUUUAACUCCUUUAAAAAUAUAAUCGCUCCAGUUAUCAAAAUUCUAUCGUGUUGGAGGUGUUGGAGGGAAAACGUAACUGUCGAGCAAACAAACGUACGUUCAAUAGAAACACACAUACCUAGGUGCCAAGUAACUCGGAUAUAAAUUUAAUAAUUUUAUUAGCAUUUUAUUUUAGUAAAUAUCACAUAGGAAAAAGAACUGGCAAUGUGGAAGCUUUUAUCACAAGCAAUGAACAAAAUCGAAAAGUGGAAAAUAGUAAUAAUAUACAAUAAAAUAAUUUCUGAAUUAGAUUAUAUCAAGCAACCAGUGAUAUUGUACCGUAAAAAUGCAUAGUAUAGUUGCAAUUAGUAAAUGCACACAAAAUCGCUAAGAAUUUUUCGAUUAUUUAGACUUUCCAAUUUCUUAAGUAUUGACCUCAUUUCUAAUAGUGACUCUUCCACGAAAGAAGUUAAAAAACAGAUUUUUGCCAACAAACUUGGUGAACUUUCAAUUUAUCAUGACAACCGUCACAAAGUCAACAUGUCGUUAAAUAUAAAGUUAAAUUAAUUUUUGUAUAAAUUUAUCGUAAUAUAUUAUCAUUGAAUUAUGCAAUUUUUGUAUAUACUCAUACGAUAUAUAUAAUAUACAAUUUUCAUUGCUCUCUUUCUUUUAUUUCUAGUUACAUUUAUUUGACCAACAUCUACUAAAACAUUUUCUAGCAGUGCUAAUACUAAGUGCAUAAACUAAAACUAACAGCAUAUUUAAACGUACGAACAAACGAACCCUGUUUAUAUAUCAAAACAAAUUCUAUACGAGAUACAAGUUUUUAAGAAUCGGUCAAUCGGUUAGUCAAAACUAAAUGCUUCCAUUUCACCUUAGCACUUUUUCUUUUAUGCUACCGACACAUUUCACAAUUAAACAUUAACUGUCACUUGCUUGUAGUAAAAUUUUACAAACAUUCAUUUUCUUUUUACAAGUUGCAAUGAAAUAUUUGGAACUUUUUUGAAAACCCUGGACUCCUCUCACUACGAUAUUGCGAUGUUUUAGUCAUCAACAAUAAUACUUUAGUAAUAAGUAUCGAAAUUCGUAGGCCAAGUACAUGAGAUAUUUCGUUCCGAUAGGACAAUUUAAGAAACAAGUUUAGAAAUUUUCCAAAGUAAGAUAUUUCUUUCAGUAUGGAGUCAAACACCUUAUUAAGGCCUACAAUUACCGGUAAUAUAGCACUGCUCAUUUACGCUGAGUAUACAAGGAGGAUUAUUAUUUCGUCAACGUAAAUUACCUUACCUAUCGAAAAAUUGUGUUCGCCCUUAACGGGAUUCACGACAUCGAGUAAAUUCACGUUAUAUAUAAUAAUUCCACACGCGAUAAUUUGGCAAUCAAGUCUAAGACUACACUUUAGCCGACACGUUUAUACACCUAUUAAAUCUUAAUACUUCAAGCUAAUCAUAAAAAUGCACAUAUUAUUCACUAAACGUCUUUUCUAUAAGGAUAGAAUAUAUACCCUUGACGUCGAAAGAUUCUCAUAGUGAAGGAGCCAAAGAAUAUAUGAAAUUUGUUUUAGCCUCAGAAAAUUUCCAUGUUGCAGGUAAUCUCGGCUUGAAUUUUAAACUGUAGACAAUCAGAGUUUAAACACAUGUUCCAACACUUUGAGAGACUGUCAAAAAGCUUUUCCACAAACCAAGACUCCUUACAAUGCGCAACGGUUCACUAAGCAAAGAAAAAAGAGAAAUUUCGAUACAACCCAUUUCCUUCCUUGUUACAUGCAAUGGACAGAUAUUAAUAAAAAUGGCAAACUGUAAAAUUUCUUUUCUUUUCAGGUAGCCAACCCCGCCCUAAAAGUUUGUUUUGUAAGUUUUGUUUAAAAAUUUCGCUCGUUAUCGUUAAGAAAUUUUACGUGAUAGUAAUUGAAGAUCAGGUAACUGUUCGAUCUAUAUACGUACUCACAUAACAAGAAUAUAAGAAAUAAUUUUACACAUGCAAAUUGCGCAAUCUUUCUAUCCUUAAUGGGCUAACCUUUAUAAUUCCAUUUUAAUUUACAAUCCGGUGCUAAUAUCCCAAUUGAGAGUCCUUAAAUAUCAAUUAGAAAAUAAAAAAUUUAUGACGCAAACUGUGGCUAAAUGACGAAAGCUUGCAAUACAAUCUCUCUAAACAAUACUUUCUUAUUGAAAUAAAAGAGGAGAGAAUGUGCAAUGUCAAGACUGAAUUACAAAAUAAUUUAGAAGGAAAUUGACAUCUACGCACAUUUUUAAUUACAUUAAAAAACGUCUUUUGGUUUUAAUAAUAGUGUUGUGACACAGCUAUUGGAACAAACGUCAGAAAUAUUUUUACUAAAUCCUGUAUAACCGCAUCAAGGGAUGGUUUUAAGUGCUGCAAAGUCGCAGAAGAGAAUUUUUUUUUUAAUUCACAUAGCACAUUUCUGCGGUCGAUGAAAAUAGUUGAUUGUUGUAACUGCACGAAAAAAAAUUUUUUCGUUUUUUACUCAAAAAUAUAACUCUACGCCAUACUAAACAAUAACAUAUCACUUAUGAUAAUUAUGACAAAAAACUUCAAAAUGGUAGUUUUUAAAAAUUGCGACCCUUAGCAGUGGCACUCGUGGUAUUGCGAUCUCUACCUAUACUAUUAUUGCUUCCAAAAUAUUUGCUUGGUAUUAUAUAAUACUGCUGUAAUAAUUCUUUUAAAAAAUUUGCACCUUUUUCACCAUUUGUAUCUAAGAAAAUUUUCUUUUCAACAAAUAUUCCAUUGUCAUUGGAUCACUUAUUGCGUAAAGGCCAUGCGAAACUUCCCCAUCUUUCUUUGCUCUACUUUUAGUUUUAGUUCUUUCUUCUAUUUCUUCUGCCUUUAAAUUUUUGAGAGACGAUCGCUUGCAAGAAGUUUUACGGCUAAGUGAAAAUACAACUGUAUAUGCAUUUCUAACAUAAAUUUGUAUAUGCUGAAGAGGGAUUAACGUAUUAAGAUACGAGCGCAUAAAUAGCGACCGCUAAUUAGAGAUUGCAUACAUUUCGUGAUAUACUCAAGCGUGUGUAAUGCAAUUUUGUUUUUCUUCCUCUUUCUCUGAGUGCUGGCAGUAACCAAUUUGAACAUUUCUUUUUAAGUUUUUGCAGUCUUUACUGCUAAAUAAUUAAACUUUUUUCCAGUGAUACUUACAUAUUUUAUUAUUCACUUCAAACAAUGUAUACCUAUUGUAUUAAAAUCCCGGAUUUUCCACUAGUUUUACUUGCAACUUUGCCUUCAAGCUGGGCACAGAGCUGAUCAAUUAUCAUAAUUUUUGGAAACUCGUGAAGCCAACAGAGAAGAAUUACUAAUAUUUAGCAGCUUAAUAUCGACUAAUGAAAAUUCGCACUGAAGAACCUCUAUUUACACAUGUUCGGUUUCUUUAAUAAAUACGCUUUAAUAUGUGUAACAUGUCAACGUGUCAUUUAUAAAAUAGGGCAAAGAGCUCAAGUUAACACUUUGCAAUGUUGAAAGUGUAUGAGAUCUUUCAAAAGAUUCCAUUAAGGUGCUGAGGUCGACCACGAUCUUCUCUGUAUUCUCAAACUUAUUUUCCUCGAAUGCGUGCACUCCUAUAUACCGGAUUCAUAUAUACGAAGGGAAUUAUAAUAAUAAUAAUAAUAAUAUUAAUAAUAGUAAUAAGAACAACAAUAAUAAUAAUACAUAACAUACUUUUUGAGUUGAAUGACAGUUUAAAGCAAUGUCAAACCGAAGCCUUUAAAUUACGCAACAUAACAGAACAUAACAACGGAAAGUUUCAUUUCUGCUAAAAGUUUCAAAUGUUUCAUUUUAAAUAGUAUUUAAAUAAUAAUUUAAACUAAAAGGUUGAUUUAUUCCGGCUGGAUAAAAAAAUUAAAUGGUAGCCAGGCUAGUUAAUUAGUGACUAUGUUUGGCACCCAUUCCUUCAACCGAAGGUUAUUACGAGCUCAUAUAGGUUUAGAGAAGGAGCUAUAGGAAGUUAUAGAACAGUAGCAGUAGUUGGAGAAGUUGAUAAAUUAAAUAUGGAUUACAGCCGGUUUACGCAUGAAUAAUUUAUAUUAACUUAAUUUCAUGUAGAAAGAAACUCCGUUGUAAUUAGCAAACGAUUCAAAAUAGAAAUGUGAUAAAUACAUGCAAUUAGUUUGACUGAUUUAUCGCAAAUUAUGAAAGUGUCUAUACCCGCUACUGAAGGAUAGGGCUAUACUUAAAUUUUGUUUUGAUUAAGCUAUGUCUGUCCGUCUGGGUGUCUGUACGGUGUUUGUUGUUGGCACUUUCCUGGUCGCAAAAAUUUAGAUAUCAAGUUUAAAUUUAGUAGAAACCUUUGAAGUUUUUACCUGCAGGCUGAUAUUGAAAAUGAAUCAAAUUGGUCUGCCCAGAAUCCUGCAAUGGAGCGCAAACUGAACGUUUUUCUUUGUAAUCAUUUGUGGGUUUUUCCUCGCUACUUCGAAAUUAGGGAAGUUAGAUGGGUGAAAUUUUCUACGUUUACUUUACGAAAUACUCUACUCUUUACGUUGGAAAAUGGAAAAAAUCAGCCACGGCCACACAAAGU